UCACCGCAGGACGAAUCCCCUGUAGGAACUAUCCGCAAUCAUGGGUCUGGCUGCGGGGCUGGCGGGGAGGCUAAUGCCCCACCUGUACAUACAGGAGCCUCUGAGCUCCCAACAACUCAAGAGGCUGGAGGAACACAAGUACAGCGCCUCCGGCCGCUCUCUUUUGGAGCCCCCUAUGCAGGUGUAUUGGAACUGGCUGGUGGAUAAGGUGCCGCUGUGGCUGGCACCCAAUACUAUCACUUUGGGGGGACUUCUGCUCAACGUCAUCUCCACACUUAUCCUUGUGUGUUAUUGCCCCGCCGCCACUGAGGAGGCACCAUUUUGGACAUACCUUCUUUGUGCCAUAGGACUUUUUGUUUAUCAGUCAUUGGAUGCAAUUGAUGGUAAACAGGCUCGGAGGACAAAUAGCAGCUCGCCACUCGGGGAAAUGUUUGAUCAUGGAUGUGACUCAAUCUCUAUAGUGUUUGUUUCUCUGGGGACAAUAGCUGCGGUCCGGCUUGGAACUCUUCCAGGAUGGAUGUUCUUCUGUUGCUUUGUGGGCAUGUUUAUGUUUUACUGUGCCCAGUGGCAAACCUACGUAUGUGGCACUCUGAAGUUUGGCAUGAUUGAUGUCACUGAACUUCAGCUUUCUGUUACAGCAAUGUUUCUGGUGACAGCCUUUUGUGGCACAGCAUUAUGGGACUUUGAGAUUCCCUUCACUGGCCUUCCUAUGAAAACCAUUGCUCUUCUAGGAUUAAUAGGAGGAACAGUGUAUUCCUGCAGCAACUAUUUUAGAGUCAUUUUCAAUGGAGGAGUGGGCAAAAAUGGAUCCACAGUUGCAGGAACAAGUGUACUAUCGCCUGGCUUACAUAUUGGACUUGUUCUUUUACUGGCAUUAAUGAUUUACAAAAAAUCAGCAACAAACCUGUUCCUGCAAAAUCCAUGCCUCUAUACAUUAGCAUUUGGAUUUGUGAGUGCCAAAAUCACUAUUAAGUUAGUGAUCGCUCAUAUGACUAAAAGUGAAAUCUCGCUUCAAGACACCGCAUUCAUUGGGCCAGGGCUGUUAUUCUUCAACCAGUAUUUCAACAGCUUCAUUGAUGAAUACAUUGUCCUGUGGUUAGCACUGGUUAUUUCUUUGGCGGACUUGCUGAGAUACUGCAUAAGUGUUUGUCUGCAAAUUGCAACACAUCUGCGAAUAUCUGUCUUCAGAAUCUCCACUAAUCAAGCUGCUGAGCAGCAAACACUAUUGAGUCAAAAGUGAUUUCAGUGCAGUCGAAGAGCAGACUUGAUAUACAGACUGUGAACAUGUGAGGAGCAAGAAAUCUGCUUGGGCUUCACUAGAAUGAGAAUUGAACCCCUGAGGUGAGGCUGUAUGGACAGUGUCAGAAAUAAGUUAUUAUUCAAGUAAAGACAACACGCCUUGCCUGGCGUAAAGACAGACCUCAAUCUGGAAUUAUAACCCAUACUAGUGUCAAAAAGAAAUGAAAAAAACAAAGCUGUUAUGGACUGGAAAAUGGUUUAAACCAGAAUAGGUACAUGCAAUGAA